AUGGACCACAAUCAUCACGCAAUGACCACGUCUGAUCCUCAUGCAGGUCACCAUCCUGCAACCACAGCUGGACAUGACCAUAAUGCAGGGACUGGCAUGCAUAUGAUGCAUAUGACCUUUUACUUUGGAUAUGAAAACGUAGAACUUCUGUUCUCCGGAUUGGUGAUUAAUUCAGCAGGAGAAAUGGCUGGAGCUUUUGUGGCAGUAUUUCUGAUGGCCAUAUUGUAUGAGGGGCUUAAGAUUGCUCGAGAGGCCUUGCUCAGGAGGUCACAAGUCAGUAUCCGUUAUAACUCCAUGCCAGUGCCAGGACCCAAUGGGACAACCCUGAUGGAGACUCACAAAACUGUCGGACAGCAGAUGCUAAGCAUGCCUCACUUCUUCCAGACUUUCCUCCACAUCAUCCAGGUGGUGGUCAGCUACUUCCUCAUGUUAAUAUUCAUGACUUACAAUGCCUACCUGUGCAUCGCAGUGGCAGCCGGAGCUGGAACUGGCUACUUCCUUUUCAGCUGGAAGAAGGCUGUGGUGGUCGACAUAACUGAGCAUUGCCAUUAA